AUGGAACGGUUUAAGAUUUGUGAAAAGGAGACAAAGACAAAAGCUUUCUCCAAAGAAGGCCUAGGACAACAGCCUAAAACUGAUCCAAAGGAGAAAGCCAAGUCAGAGACUAGAGAUUGGUUGAACAAUACGGUGUCUGAGUUAGAAUCUCAAAUCGAUAGCUUUGAAGCUGAGAUGGAGGGGCUAUCUAUUAAGAAAGGAAAAGCAAGACCUCCAAGACUGAAGUCUUUUUGCCAAAAGCAUUCUCAUCAGCAAAAAGUUCAUAUUGAUUUAGUAUAACAUAAUUCAAGCAAUACAUAUUUAGUCAUGGGUUUCUUUUAAUGUUGUACAUGUUUUGUUUUCUAUAAUAAAUAUUAUGCAAUAUUAGCCAUAUUUACUUAAUAUUGAAAUGAUUAUUUGUAUUUGAC